AUGGCAGUAAUGAACAUUGAUAUGGGAGGAUUGGCAGGCAGACCUACUACUUCACAAGUAGAUCCUUUUCAAAGUGCUUUGUAUGGAGCUGGACCUGGACUCAUCCGAAGUGGACUAGGAGCGUACAGUGAGAAGUUUCUAGGUUCAAGCUCCGACUUUAUGCAAAGCAAUAUCGCCCAAUAUUUGUCCAAUCCACAAUAUUACUUUCAAGUGAACAACCAGUAUGUGUGGAACAAGCUGAAGGUUGUCUUGUUUCCUUUUCUGCAUCGGGGACACUGGACUAGGACAACUGAGCUAGUGGGAGGAAGGCUGUCAUACAAGCCUCCAGUUCAAGACAUCAAUGCUCCAGAUAUGUACAUCCCUCUGAUGGCUUUUACCACCUACAUUGUAGUUGCUGGAUAUGCCUUGGGUGUUCUUGGAAGAAAACUACACAGCCAGAACAACUUUUUAUUGUUGUACCUGUAG